UUAACUCCCUUAACAUAUAAAUUUUAACUCACUUAUAUAUAAGUAAGUUCCUACUGAUCACUUAUCUCCACCGCCAAAAAAAAGAAAGCAAAUAAAAUAAAAUACAAGGGGAAAAAAUGUAUCCUUUUACUACUAUUAUUCUCUUUUUGUUAAUUUCUUUCCUAGCCAUAGUUUCAUCAGCCAAACAAGACCUAGAGAUGGUUCAAAUGGCUCAAACCAUGGUUCUCCAAGCCAAGAACUGGGCUCAAUCAUCAUCAUUAGAUGAGUCUUCUUUGUUCUUAGGCCAUCAUCGCCGCCACCACGGCGGUGGUCAUCAUAGUGACUUAAGCAAUAGUAGUAGCAAAGACGAGUCCUCUUUAUUCAAUUCCUAGGUCGAGGUGGUCGUGGCAGCGGAAGUGGUGGUCAUCAUGGGGGUGGUCAUCAUGGUGGCUUAAGCUAUGAUAAUAACACCACGGAUGAGUCCUCUUUGUUCUUCGGUCGUGGUGGUCAUGGCGGCGGCAGUGGUGGUGGUGGUCAUCAUGGAGGUGGCCAUCAUGGUGGAUUAAGCAAUGACAACAACACGGAUGAGUCCUCUUUGUUCUUUGGCCGUGGUCGACGUGGUGGCGGUGGCGGUCAUCAUGGUGGUGGGGGCAGUGGCAGCGGCAGUGGCGGUGGUGGUCAUCAUGGUGGUGGCGGCGGCAGUGGCAGCGGCAGUGGCGGCAGCGGUGGUCAUCAUGGUGGUGGCGGCAGCGGCAGUGGUGGUGGUGGUCAUCAUGGGGGUGGUCAUGGUGGCUUAAAUUAUGACAAUAACACGGUUUAUAACUAUACUACUAAUAAUUACUACUACAAUAAUGAUAAUAAUGCUAAUAAUAUUUAUGAUCAAAGGAUGGCUAUCGUUGAUUGUGCUAAGCUAUAUGAUCAAGCCGAAGCACGGUUGGUUCGUUUGGUCGAAAAGAAUGGAGAAUAUAGCCAUGAAGAUGUACUUGCAUGGCUUAGUGGUGCAAUCACAAGCCAUAGGACUUGUUUGGAUGGUUUAAAAGAGAGAGGGGUAGAUGAACAAGUUCAUCCUAUGUCACAAAAUUUGACAAUAGUAUUAAAUGAAGCAUUGGCUUUGCAUGCAAAGAAACAUACAUUUGGGAGCAAAACUAAGUCUAAGGGGGUGGAAGGGAGGCCGCGAAGAGGCAACCACUUCAUAGGGCAAUUAGCGUCAUGGAAUCCAGCAACGUCGAGGGCCGAUAUCGUGGUGGCAAGAGAUGGAUCAGGUAAUUACCGGACCAUCAAAGAAGCAGUGGAUGCAUUAGGCAGGAUUAAAGGCAGAGGAAAUGAAAGAAGAGUAAUAGUGCAUGUAAAAGCAGGAGUAUAUGAUGAGAGAGUUGAAAUUCCAAGGAACCUUAAAAAUGUCAUGUUUGUUGGAGAUGGCAUGGGUAAAACUGUGGUCACUGGUCGCAGAAAUGUCAUCGAUGGUGGCACCACAGUCAAUUCUGCUACAUUUCGGGUAUUCGGCGACGGGUUUUGGGCUAGGGACAUGACGUUUGAGAACACAGCAGGACCCCAAAAGCAUCAAGCAGUUGCCCUUAUGGUGGCUUCAGACCACUCUCUCUUCUACCGAUGUAGCUUUCAAGGAUACCAAGACACUCUGUAUGCCCACUCAUUAAGGCAAUUUUACCGUGAUUGCCACAUAUAUGGAACAGUAGACUUCAUAUUUGGUAAUGCAGCUGUUGUGUUACAAAAUUGUGACAUCUUUGUUAGAAAGCCAAUGAACCACCAGGCUAAUAUGAUCACAGCUCAAGGGAGGGAGAGCCCGUAUGAAAACACCGGGAUCUCGAUCCAUGGAUCACGGAUACAACCUGCUCCAGAGUUCGUAGGACUAACGCAAUCCGUCAAGACCUUCCUAGGGAGACCUUGGAAGAAGUUUUCAAGGACGAUUAUUGCUAAAUCGGACCUUGAUGGGUUAAUCCACCCAAGGGGUUGGACAAAUUGGGAAGGGAACUUUGCCCUUUCGACGCUCUAUUAUGCUGAAUAUAUGAAUACUGGUGUCGGGGCUUCGACUCGAGCUCGAGUCAAUUGGCCCGGAUUUCAUGUGUUGCGUGAUCUUAAGGAGGUUCAUCCCUUCAUGGUAAGAAAUUUUAUACAAGGAGAAUCUUGGAUUUUGAGUACUGGUGUGCCUGUUUGGCUUGAAAUGUAAGUAGGAUAAAUGUCAAUGUAAAUACAUGUUGGGUCUUUAAGAUUAAUGAUGAAUAAAGGGUUCAUUUAUCUUGAAGGGUUACGUGAGUUACUAUCUUCAUUUAUAGAAGUAUAACUAGAAAUUGAUGCAUUCCCUUUUUUCAAAUUUGGAUACAUGUCAAUAAUUUUUUUUAGGA